AUGAAGGUAGAUAAUAUGGCGAGAGCACAAAUGGCUCAACAUCAGAAUCCAGCACCGCAUAAUCCUUCAGCUAUGCCUAGGGCACCAACUGGUCAUGUCUAUCCUGCUCUUGCAGAUUAUAUGGGUCUCGAACUAUCACAUGACGUUAUAGCUCGUAAUAUGCCCGAAUAUCAGCUUCAAAGUCCAAGUGGAUCCAAUACGGUGAGUACGUUAGUAGCCCCACUUUCAUCACAAUCAACAAGCUUGGCCAAAGCAACUGUUACAAAUGCUAUACGACAAGUAAUGCUUUGUAAGGACCGGGAUGGUAAAUGUGGGCUAAGACUUCAUUCUGUUAACAAUGGAGUGUUUGUUAGCUAUGUGGCUACUGGUAGUCCAGCAGCUCUUGCUGGCCUCCGAUUUGGAGAUCAAGUACUAGAGAUAAAUAAUGUGUCAUUAGCAGGAAUGACUAUGGAACAAUGCCAUGCAAUUUUAAAGAAAGCUCCGACCAAUGGUAUCAUAAUGGCAGUGCGUGACAGACCAUUUGAGAGAACCAUUACAUUGCAUAAAGAUUCCUUAGGGCAUGUGGGUUUUCAAUUUAAAGAUGGUUACAUUGUUGGAUUGGUGAAGGACUCAUCAGCUGCACGCAAUGGUUUGCUUACGGAUCACCAGAUCCUUGAAGUAAAUACAAUAAAUGUUGUUGGUAUGAAAGAUAAGGACAUAUCAAAGGUUAUUGAUGCAAGCCCAUCUGUUGUAAACAUCACAAUUAUUCCACAUUAUAUUUAUGCACACAUGAUUAGCAAGAUGUCAACAUCGCUGUUUAAAGAACAGGAUCGCUCCCCAGCUGUG